CUAACGUCGGCUUGUUGCACUUUCGUGGAACUAGCUUACUCUAGCUUCUCUAUUAGAAGUCGGAAAGUUAACAAGGGGGAGGCGAAUGAUGUGCUUUUUGCAUAUUGAUCUCGCUAAACCAUGGUCGUAAACCGGAUUGCCAUCCGCACAAACAAAGGCGAAUACAUUGGAGGGGAAAAGAUUUAUGGUGCUAUCUAUCUGUGGAUAUGCAGUACAGAGCCUUGUCAAAGUGUCAAGUUGAAGCUUGAAGGUCAUGAAAAAUGUGAAUGGGAGUAUCGGGAACUGACGACAAAUGAAGAUGGAAAAAGAGUUGAACAGAUCAGAACCAAGCGGUAUAAAGAUGAAAUAUUCAAGGCGGAAAGCAGAUUGAUAGAUUAUGGAGAUGGGAUCCCAAUGGGCAAGUAUGUUUAUCCAUUUUACUGCACACUUGGGCCCGGUCUUCCAGGCUCAUUCAAGUCCAAGGGCGUCCAGGCAAGCAAUGACAAGUGGCAGGCAGAAAUUUUAUACAGUGUUACAGCUGAGGUGGAGAUGGCUGGGGUUGAAGCAGUACUCAAAGCAAGCCAAUAUAUUACAGUAUGUGAGAGCCUUCCAAUGACUCAAGUUGAACAGGAGCAAAUCAAUAUGUCCAGGAAAGUCAAGUUCUGCUGCUGUAUACCACGUGGUGAUGUCCUCCUUGGUGCCUGGCUUGACAAGAAGGCUUUUGUGGCUGGAGAAUUAGCACAGCUUCACCUUGAUGUGAAGAAUAAUUCAAGCAUUGAUAUUGAGUCAUUUGGAAUAAAGAUGGUAAGAGUGGUCAAUCUUAAACCGAAGCAAGAAUCUUUAUCAGGGAGCCACGAUGAGAAAUCCCAAGCAAUGAAGAUGCCAGCAUUCCGCAUGCCUUGUAUCAGUAAUGACGUCAUCAGACUCACCAACCCUGGCUGCAUUUCCAAAGAUAAAAAAGAGAGUGUAGUAACACUAGAACUUGAAGACAAAGAGACAAAUGAGGCAUUUCAGCCAACAACCAAAGGACAGCUUAUACAAUGCCGCUAUUACAUAGAUGCAAAUGUAGAUAUCCCUUAUGCUGAGCCCAUUUUGGUUCAAAUACCUGUCACAGUGCAAGCUCCCAAGAACAAGAUGUGGCACAACUGGGAGCCACCACAGUGGGUUGACUCUUGUCAAUUGGUCAAAAUUUCUGGUUCCUGUGCUGUGCCUGAGAGUGUGCUAGGAUCAAAGGUUUUUGCAAGCAUCCCUGGCUUUCAAGCAGACCCAUUUGGUUGAAUACAGAUCUCGUGAAGCAAUUUUACUUUUUGUAGCUGCAAGCUUGCAUCUUGGCCUCGGUGAGGCCACUCUCUAUAUUUGCUUUUAUUUUGCAAGACUCCAAAACUUAUGUAACAUGCAAUCGUAGCAUUUAAGAGUCAGACUCUCUAGAGUAAAUAUUGGUGGAUCUUUAAAGAAAAAAGUGGCCUCUAUGUAAAAACCUGGCAGUUGUGGCCAAAACCAAUUUUAUCCUAUAAAUUAUAACUUUGAAAAUAAAAAAAAAUUUAGAUAUAGUAUAUUUAAAUAAUGUUCACAUAAAUGGGCAAUGAAAAUCACAGGAGAAGAGAGUGUGUUUAGAGUCAAUUUGAAAGAUACAGCUGAGACUGCACUGUGAGAAUCUGUAUGCAAUGACCUACAUACUGUAUGUAUGUUACAAUCAAAGAUAACAAACACCUCUUUCAAUAAAAGUCAUCAGCGCGAAUGGCAAUUGCCAAAUGGCAGUUCUAUGACCAAAAGGCACUUAGGAGUGGUAGCUUCUGUAUUUGGAAAAAUAAAGGUGGUAAAUAAAUUUAAUAAAUGUCAGAACCAUAUAUUAAUUACAUUUAAUGAAUAGUCAUGUUUUUAAAUACUUUUCUGAAUUUGGAACAAAUAUUUUGGAAUCCAUGGGUCCUUUGGGUCACAGAAGUGCCAUUUGUCAAUCGCCAUUUGCUGUUUACACACAUGUUAUUUGAAAUAGGUUUACAUUAGAUUCACUGCAAACCAAAAAUAUGUGAACACAAGGUACCACUAUAAUUAUUUCCAUAGAGAGCCUGUAGAAUGGUUCAAAUAAAUUGAGGUGGAGAUUA